AUGUCGGAGUUUUUCGACCUUCGCAGAAGGAACCUUCUGGAGGACUACUUCUGGACCCUGCAACAGGCGAACGACCAGGAGCCAAAGGAGCGGGCAGCGGCCAUAAAACUCCAGUCCUUCUACCGAGCGUCGAACGUCAGGGAAAGAUGGCACGCGGUGCAUUUUGCCGGGCUGUUUAUCCAGCGAGUAGCAAGGGGAAUGCUGGGGAGGCGUAUAAAGAUUUAGUCGAUCUUGUUGAUGCGGUCUUUCUUUUGCGUAGCUAGUCAAUGUGUGUGAAACUGAAUGAAAGUGAAACUAUGGCAGGUGGUGUUAGUAGUUUUGCAGCGGGUUUGUGAAAUGCAAAAUCUGAACACGAAGAAAAAUAUCACAUUGUACACUUCAUCAGUGCGAGCGAAGGCGCAGAUAUGGAAAGAAAAAAGUUCGUCAUGUUCACCACUUUGCAGGUUUUGCAUACCAAAUUAUUCUUCUAGCUCUAUUCUUGUAUUGCACAAAGGACACAAGGGAAGAUAUAGUCGUGUAAUUCGACGACUGUGAUGGAUGUCUACGCUUGACAAAACAGUUGUGUAUUGCAAAAAUGCGCAGGACGAACUUUUUUUUGUUUGAUAGCAGAUGAUUAAACGAGUGCAGGAAAUGAACAUGAACUACUUCAACCACUGCGCAGCAACGGUAUAGGUUUUGUGUAGCAAGUGUUUGCAUGACAAGUUUCUUUGUGUAGCAGGUUCUGCAGGACAAGUUUGGUCAUAUAGAUUUUUCUUGUUUAGCAGGUGUUUGCAUGACAAAUUCAAUUUCUUUCAAAGUCACCUUUGUUUGUGAUGCGGCAUUUUUCGAAUUUACAAUGUGGUAGCUGCUGUUAUCUGAAAAAUUUAAACCAAUUUAUCCCAGAUACAAAAAGUUUUUCGAGGGUACUGGAGCAGACAAUACACGCACUGCAUGCUAUGCUACAGCAAAAUCUACUUUGUGCCGCAAGUCUUCUUCAAGGCUGUUUCUGUCAUGCUGCACUGGUAUGAAAAAGAUGAUUGGAUAUUAGUGUCGUAGUGACGAUGGUAGUACGACACGUAGGAGGUACUAGCGGCAACCACGCCCAUGUUGCUAGGUCGAUUUCGACCUGGGUCGUGGACCUUCCAGGGGUGCCCGUUGACGGACCUCCAUGCCGAGGGUCGAACCGCCGUCGAGGUCCUCUUGCAUGGCAGGUACUUACGCCGUAAACGCGUACUACUUACUCAAGAAAUGAUCACUGGCAACACAAAUUUGCACCUUGGCGCGUGGUUUUUGCUGGGAUAGACGCACAGCAGAAAAAAGUUUCUCUCCUAUCCAAAGUAAAAUAAACGUCCCCGCCCCAUAGUCGAUGAGUGGGAUGUCUGCAACACAAAUCCAGAAGGAUUGGGAAGUACUAACUAAGUACGCAUACCAUGUGUUUUUCGCUGCGUUGUAGUGCAGGUUGGCAAGGAGGAUACAGUCGCAUCACAGAGCCAUCCCUCUAUCCUGAAGUUGCAGAAAAACAUGAUUUGAAGAGCCUCUCGUGGAGAUGCACUUGCAGAUUAAAAGCGUUCUUCGGGAGGUAAUUGCAAAUCUGCAUGACAACUGUGGGAUGGGGACGUUUUUGCUCAGGAUAUCUCCAACGUCCAAACGGUCGGGCAGAAGACAAACAAGUAUAAAGAACGUCUUGUUUUUCUUGCUUAUUCUCGUUUUCGCAUGAGAAAUUCCCCCUACUAACUUCUUCCACGCUCGCUAUUCCAAGGUCUGCAUGAGAAUAAACCUCCAAUUUUUGAAUUCGAAAAUGCACCCACAGCUGGCUGCAAAGUUACGAGAACGAGAAGCAGGCGGAGCACCUAUUACAAUGAAAAAUGCCCCCACCCCAGAUCUUGGCAGCGUUUGUAUUAUUGCAAACCUUUCCAAUGGUAACACUCCCCGUCUUGCAUAUCUCAGCAUCGCAAAUUGGCCAUGCUGAAUAGCUAAAAUUUGUGUUGCAAAGGAGCGCAACAGCAGCCGGAUCUGUUAUGCGCAAGACACCUUGCUCACCGAGACUCUGCAUCAGAAAGGCUCGCAAUCCUUCCAUGCAGGACAGAAAGCUUUCAUUUGGAAACUUUGCAUGACAAACCUUGUUUGCAAAUUCCGGGUUGGGGGCAUUUUUCAUUGUCAUAGCACCAGAAGAAAAUGGAGGAGGAUAGAAAGACCACCUUCAAUAUCACAAGAAAUAUAUCCUGUGCAAAAGUAUCGUACUCGUAUAAAUGCAAGUCCUGCACUACAAAUCCUUUUCUCAAGGUAAAUCCGCAUUGCAAAUUUUAUUUCUCAUGCUGAGGGAAUUUGUAAUGCAUUUAUACGAGUGCGAUGCUUUUGCAAUUCAUAAAAUAAGAGUGUCAAGAACUACGACCUCAACAGACGUUGUGAUGCUCACCAACAAGCGCAUCCAGAACCAAGCCCGCAACUGAACGAAUUUGUAUCCUCCAUAGCAUAGCAUGCAUGGUUAUCAUCAUAAGCAAAAUUUGUCCUGCCUGACUCGUCCGAUGAUGAUGUGUGAAAACUCAAACUGUUGAUCGUCAAACACUUCUUCAUUUCUGGUCGAUAUUCAACAAGCUGGCGAGUCAGUUGCACCACCUGGUCUCCACGCAGAAAAUAUGAGAGUGCACAAUUCCCCCUCGUUCUCAUAAUUUCUGAUGCAAAACAGGAAUUCCAUUCAUUGCCUGUGGUCAGUACUAUGCAUCACAAGUUGUAGUUCCAGGACCGGAAAGGGAAACAGCGUUGAAAAUAGCCGUCAAUUUGUCCUCGCAUCAAAAGCUGCAUAUGAUUUGCCAGAGCUUGUGUUGCUGUGGAUGCUAUCCAAAUGAGGGGGAUGGGGAGAAGUUGUGCACUGUCAUAGAAAAUACCUGGCGUUUACAACCCGCCGUACUCAGAAGCGUUGCCGACCGCGUUCAAUAUACCGAUAGAGGUAAGAUAGCAUUUUUGCAUAGUAUGCAGACCCACGAUUUCGAUUUCGCAUGGCACUUACCGCAUUUGAAUUCAUCAUGAGAGACUCAGAUUUCUUGUGUUUGUUAUGCCGUGAGGACAAUAAACGUUGACAGACAGCAUAAUUAUGUUGAAAUGAAUUACAAUUAAAAUUAUCACUAUCAGCAACACCUGCGACUACAAUCCACCGCGCGGAUGCCAGCGAGUCUGAGGAGACCGAACUUGAAUAGAUCGAUUACCAGCACAGUUAGGCCGCUGAACCACACAGAGAAGGGAACCACAGAUGCAGGUAUAGGAAGUUUUUUGGAAGUAGUUCUACUUAUGCGUGUUAUAUAUACAUUGCCCUGUCGUGUAAUAUCUGUAAAACAAAGCGUGCUGUCUUUACCUGUAUGAUUUUCAGUUUUGCCACAAUGACCAUCCAUCCUGAUCCUGCAUGACAGUUUUCUGCAUGGUACUUGCGUACUAGUUGUGCAUGACAACAAAAACAGCGAAAAUCCGUGGUGGCCCACCGCAGCCAGUGGCGAAAAGAGUGCCGCUGGUCAGUCGCACUGCAAACGCCGGGAGAAUGCAGGCAAUACAAGGGCCAUUUAGGACAAAGGACCAAAUCGACGUCUCGAACGCAAAAGCCUACGACCAGUAUCGAUUGUUGAUAAUAAUGUUGCAUAGUAGUACAACUAUCACGAAGUCGAUGCUCCUGUCAGAUUUAUUUUAUGGCUCGCAUCGUGACAAAAUUGAAUUUUGUGGUAGUCGCAUGCUUAUUGCGAUGAAGCAGUGUCGUGUGCAUUGAUUUUGUUUGCGAAAUUGAAAAUUUGAAUUGCGCACUAUCAGGAACCGUUCCGUCCAAGCAUCCUCGUACUACCAAGUCGUGUAUCAAAUGUAAAAAUGUCUGGUUCUGGGAACUUGUGAUGCUGGGUGGCGUCUCAUGAUGAGACUACAAAUGCUGGCUCAGCAUGACAAGUUUCUGGGCUCCUAGGUGUUGCCUAUUCUGCAUGACAAACUGCGCUUCUGCACCACAGAAAAACGGAGCUCUUGGGUAACGUGCAUGACAGAUUUAAGACUCAUGCCAGACAAGCAUGACAAACAUGAAUUCUUCCAGACCCAGACACUUUUACAGUUGAUAGCGUGCAAGACACGAAGCGCAUCGAGGGCCGGUUGUCAAAGAUCACGAGGUUAGCGCCGGACGAGUUUGUCGCAAAGAGAAAGAUCACAUACGAGAAGAUGAAGCCGACCGUGUCUGCAGAGUCGCGGUACCUCGACCGGCCGGUGGAGUUCUAUUACAAUGAAAAAUGCCCCUUUCCCAUACUAAAACGGAAAUCUGUGAUGCGGGAUUUGUGUACACAAAUCCAAUCUGUCCUGCAGUAGAGGACUGCAGGCAGAUGCAGCGCCUGAGUGGGGGCGUUUUGCCGUAGGCGCCUAGCAAGGCAGGCAUGUCCUCUGUAGGCGAUAAGGCAUUACAAAGCGCCUGCGAGACGCGGUCGAUUCUCUGGCUUUGCCCUUUUGCAAUACAGGGACGAUGUGUGGCCACAAAUCAGCAUCACAAAUUUUGGUAUGGGGAGGGGGAAUUUUUCCUCACAAUAAGUUCCGACAGGACUACACGGAGCUGCCCAAGAUAAAGGACAAGCCGCCGUUUAUCCUCCUGGAAGAACGUCCCUGCUACUUGUGCCCCAGAUUUGUCAUGCAAAUUUGCAUGCCAACCAGAGUAGUCCGCCAAAAGUUCUUGUCAUGCGCUGCAAGAAAGAGACAAAAGUGCAACUUCUCUGAUGCGGCAAUGCCGCCAUCUUGGCUAUGGCUAUGGGGUCGUGGGGACGCUUUUUCCGAGGAUACCUCUUUUCACCGCUGUGCCGGGGGGUAAGAUGCUCGCGGACUACGACGACGAGAAGUACAUUCUCGGGGCCUUGCCGGUGUAGCCGGGCGUAGGGUUUUGUCCCGAGAAAGAAAAGGACUUCGCAAAAGUAGUGGAAAAAAAAUCUGAAUAGCAGAAAGAAUUCUCAAAUUCAAAGCCAUUUUAAUAUCACUAGAAAUCACAAAAUCUGAAUAGCAAAUCAACUUCUUAUCACAAUGUUAAUCUGAAUAGCAAACAAAUUUUUGUCUGAUUUAGUCUUCAAAUUCUACUAUGAGACAGCACGGGAGGUGGUGGUAUUUACAACGGUAAUUGGCAAAGAGAUACAAGAACUUACGGCCAAGAACCACUCCAAAUCCCCUAUGUGUCUGAUUUAAGUCUUCAAAUUCUACGAGCUUUUUGAGCGUUCGUCGAAAAAGCUGUUGCGUAAGUGCGUUGUCAACAUCGGUCUUGCGCGUGGCCUUUCGACGACAUCUUCUGUAUUGCGAGUUUAGAGUAAAAAAUCGAGGUAGUCGCGACAGCGACAUUGAGAGAUGAAAAUGCUUUGUAUAUUAAAGUGAAAAUAAGAAUGCCGGGACGAGUUGAUCUAGGAAGAGAAGGAGUAGAUGGUCGUGUGGUACGAAGGAGCUGGCACCCGCUUGUGUCAACAGGAAUUUUCAUGCGACUGUCCCUUAACGGCAAAAGCAAAUUUGUUAUCAAAAAUAUACACUUGUACAUACAGCUGACGAUGUAGUUCUAGUUCGAAAUUCUGCUGCUCGGCAGCACAAAAGAAAAAUCGCACCGAGAAGAGGAAGAUCAUCAGUCAUGGCUGUUGGAACCUUCACUGAGGUUUCUCACCACUACGUUGCAGCUGUUCUGCUUCCGGAUCCGGGCACAAAGGGUUGAUGUCGUGCUGAUGAGAGGGGUGUAAGAGUAGCGAACUGUUGGGAACUUUUCCUUUGUAAUGUUGCAGUUCUG